CUUUGGCUUUUCCAAAAGUUCCAAUGGCUUCUUCGUCGUCUUCUUCUUCUUCUCAACUGAUAAUUAUUUACUUUUUUACAUGUAUUUUCUUUGCUUCUGCUAAAAUUGCUACAAGUAAUUGUUACAAAUCCAUUUUUGGAUUUGGUGAUUCUCUUACUGAUGCUGGAAACUUAGUUCACCUCUAUCCACCUGGUAGAAAACCUCACAUGUAUUUUCCUCCCUAUGGAAAAACCUACUUCAAUCGUCCUACUGGUCGUUGCUCUGAUGGCCGUCUUCUCAUUGAUCUCAUUGCACAACACUAUGGACUUCCACUUCCACCACCUUCAAAGGAGGCUAGAGAUGGAGGAAAUAUGCAAUCUGGAAUAAACUUUGCAGUGGUUGGAUCUCGAGCUAUGGAUGCAAAAUUCUAUGAAAAAAGAGGAAUUUAUGACAAAGUAACUAAUGUUUCUAUGUGGGAUCAAUUGGAUUGGUUCAAACAAAUGCUUCCAUACUUAUGUCAUAAUCCUUCAGGUUGCAGUAAAUUUUUGGAGAGGUCAUUAUUUCUUCUAGGGGAAUUUGGAGGCAAUGAUUAUACACAUGCACUUCUUUCAGGCAAAAAUAUAAAUGAAAUUCUACCCAUCAUCCCUUCAGUCGUCCACACAAUUGUCUCUGGUGCUCAUGAACUAGUGGAGCUUGGGGCAAAAACAAUAAUGGUGCCAAGUGUGUUACCUCUUGGAUGUACCUCAUCUUAUUUGACAUAUUACCAGAGCUGGAAUGAAGAAGAUUAUGAUGAAUUGGGUUGUCUCAUUUGGCCUAAUCACUUUGCUACCCAUCAUAAUCAACUUCUUCAAAGGGAAUUGCAUCGUCUUAGAGAGAUCCAUCCCCAUGUUAAUAUUAUCUAUGCUGAUUAUUACAAUGCUGCAAUGCAACUCUAUCGCGCUCCUAGCAAAUACGGAUUUUUGAAGGGUGGACUUGUAACAUGUUGUGGAGGUGGAGGUCCAUAUAAUUUUAAUCCGUUUGCUCAAUGUGGCAAUUAUCCAGCAACAAGUUGUGAGGAUCCUAACCAGUAUAUUAAUUGGGAUGGUUAUCACUUGACAGAGGCUGCUUAUAAAUGGAUGACAAAAAGUUUAUUGGAAGGCCCAUUCACUAAUCCUCCUAUUAAUAGUUUUUGUCCUUUUGAUAUUAGUGAGGCCCAAGUUUCCAAAAAUUUAGAAAGCCCAAAAGAAACCUUUAAAAUAUAAUACCAGCAAAAAUAAAAUAUUCUUUUAGAUUAGCCAUUCAUGUUAUAAAAAGUGUGUAAGAAUUUACCAUUUGUAAGAAUGUAAUCCAAACGUUGAGCUUGAAUAAUUUUGUUCGGUUUGAUU